CUGGGCGCCGCCGGGGACAAUGUGGCACUGAGAGGGGCGGCCGGCGGUGGAGGGACGAGGCGCACGGAAAGGCUCAUCUCGCCCUCCCGCCAUGGCGUCGCCGGAUGGAGCCAGCGGCGUGGGCGGCAGUCCUGAGGAGACAGAGCUCAGCAUCACCCUGACCCUCCGCAUGCUCAUGCAUGGCAAGGAGAUUGGCAGCAUCAUCGGCAAGAAAGGAGAGACCGUUAAGAGGAUACGAGAGCAGAGCACUGCACGCAUCACUAUCUCGGAAGGGUCCUGCCCCGAGCGCAUCACCACAAUCACCGGCUCCACCGACGCUGUCUUCCGCGCUGUCUCCAUGAUCGCCUUCAAGCUGGAGGAGGACCUGGGAGCAGGGGGUGAUGGGGUGUCAGCAGGCAGAGCACCGGUGACCCUGCGCCUUGUCAUCCCCGCCAGCCAAUGCGGUUCCCUCAUCGGCAAGGCUGGAGCUAAGAUCCGGGAGAUCCGGGAGAGCACAGGGGCACAGGUGCAGGUGGCUGGUGACUUGCUGCCCAACUCCACUGAACGGGCUGUCACGGUCUCGGGGGUGCCAGACACCAUCAUCCAGUGCGUGAGGCAGAUCUGCGCUGUCAUCCUGGAGUCGCCUCCGAAGGGGGCCACCAUACCCUACCACCCUGGUCUCUCCCUGGGCACCAUCCUGCUCUCUGCCAAUCAGGGCUUCUCCAUGCAGGGCCAGUACAGCGGGGUCUCUCCUGCAGAGGUGACGAAGCUGCAGCAGCUGUCAGGGCAUGCACUUCCCUUCGCCCCCCUGGGCCAUGCACCCACCAUGGUGCCAGGUCUGGAUGCCAGCUCCCAGAGCAGCUCCCAGGAGUUCCUGGUGCCCAAUGACCUCAUCGGCUGCAUCAUUGGCCGGCACGGCAGCAAGAUCAGCGAGAUCAGGCAGAUGUCGGGUGCCCACAUCAAGAUUGGCAACCAGACUGAGGGCUCCAGUGAGCGGCACGUGACCAUCACAGGGACCCCUGUCAGCAUCACCCUGGCUCAGUACCUCAUCACAGCCUGCUUAGAGACUGCUAAAUCUACCUCCCAGGUGCCACCAGGCCCUGGCUCCAUGGACCUCGGCAUGGGCUUCUCCCAGCCCCUCACCCCAGGCUCCGGUGCGGCACUUCCCGCCGUUGCCCCAGCCCCCCCGGCCCUGCUGGGCACCCCCUACGCCAUCUCCCUCUCCAACUUCAUCGGCCUGAAGCCGGUGUCCUUCCUGGCACUGUCCCCAUCCUCCGUGGCAGGGCCCAAUGGUGGCACCACCACCUACACGACCAAGAUCUCGGCGGCCAACGGCACCAAGAAAGCUGAUCGGCAGAAGUUCUCGCCCUACUGAACCCCGCUGCUGGGUGGGCCAGGGGGUCCAGGGUGCUACUCAGUAGCAGGGACACUUUCCCGCUGCCCACCCUGACCUCAGCCUCUGCCAGGUGCCCCAUGUCCCCCACCCCAGGGAAGGGAAGGGUCUUCCUGGUGGUGAUGCCUGCUGGAGGAAGGGGCUGUUUUGUUGCCUGCUGCCCAUCCCAGCAGCGCUGUGCCCCCCUCCCUGAUUUUCUGCACAGAGACCAUGUGUCCUAGUAUUGGGUGGGGAGGCUGUCCCUGCUGGCCUAGGGUCCCUUCUCCAGUGCCCUGUGCUGGUGUGGGACCCCUACUUCCUGCUCCUCACCCUGCCUCCCUUGCCAUCCUGCUCAUGCCCACACUCCAUCUGGCACCCAAAAGCCAGGUCCCACUGGAUGAGGACUGCCUGGCCUCUCCAGGAGUCCCCCUCCACUGGCUCUGUUGGGGGGCCCUCCCUGGGCCACCCUGGGGCGAUCGCCUCCCAGCAACCCCAUCCAAGAGCCAGUCCCUGCUGGCUUGGAAAUGCUGUAUAUAUAUGAGU